UGGUCCUAUUUCCUACACUGGAUGAGCUCCAACAUUAGUGUGAAGCCCAGUGCUGCAAUUGUCUAUAGUUUAAAAUGUAAAGCCCUUUAUUUUGUAGAGCAUGUUUUGUCUUAUUUUGAAAAUCUAGCAGGGUUGUCCUUUCAAGUCUAGGUUAUUUCCAUUGGUCAUAUCCACUUUAUUCCUAUCCCCCAUGAUGCCUUGCGCGAUUUAUGGGUACGACUUCCGCCGCCAACCGGAACCGGCUUUUGUUUUCAUGCUAACAAUAGGCACUAAUCUUCCUUUUUCGAGCAUUUGGGGCAAAAAUAUGUGGGAACAUCAGCUGACACAGCUCAAAUGUGGCAGUACUGUUAUACCGCUACCUACAGCUAUCGAGGGAUGGGAGGACGAUCUGAAAAAGUGGCCGCAGAUAACCUACACUAGCAUAUUUAGUUACGUCAUUAACGCGGUUGCUUCAGAUGGCAAAGCGAUGAGUAAUCUAAAAAGCUCAGAAGCGUAUCAGUAUCUCCAUGGUAAUAAAGUUGGUCGCGUUUUGUUAAAAGACGUGGGACACAAUCUUCUCUAAAAGCAGACAUAGAGCCCAGCCAAAGCCUUAAAGCACCUUAUCACCGAGCUUGGGUUUUAGUUUCAACAUCAGGUGAAAUUCAGACAGCUGGAUGUUCAUGUGUUGCAGGACAAGGCAGAUCUUGCAGCCACGCUGCUGCAAUACUGUGGAAGGUACAUACUGGUUGUUUUUUUUUUGUUUGUUUUAAUAAUCAUGUUAAUAGCAUUUUGUAUUGACAGUGUAAAAACAUUGUCUAACAUUUUGAAUUAAUUUUUGAUUCAGGUUGAGAAUGCAGUCAGACAGGGAAAGACAGGGAUAUCAUGCACUGAUGUACAAAGAAAGUGGAAUGCAGGCACAAGAAAGAAUGUUGAGUUGAAAAGGGUGAAGCACGUACAUUUUAGACGUCAUAAAGCAGACCAGAUUCAUGAAGGCUCAUCUACAUCAACAUUAGAUCCCACAACUGCAUCCUCUUCAGUGAGCAAUCCCACACUUUUCAAGGAUCACAAAGAAUUUAAAAGUUAUAUCAAUUCCUCUGUAAUGGCCCCUCUAUUUCAGCUGCAGACAAACAGUCUUCUUUCAAGGUGCUACAGAGUAAAUAUAGAAAACCAUGAAUCUUCUCAGAGCCAGUGUGACUUACAAAUGCCCCAUACAGAGCACAGCACAAUGCUGACCUGCAAGAAGUGCCUCUCUUUUUUUGAGAAAUAUGUUAAACUAAACCCAGCUCAGGUGGAGAAGUUGACAGAAGACACCCAGGUACAGAGUGCAUCACAAUUAUGGCACGAUGCAAGGAAGCUACGACUCACUGCUAGUACUGCAAAAAGAGUGCCCAAACGAAGCACUACCAACCCACAAAAAUGCAUAAAUGAACACUUGCACCCCACCUUCAUGGGCAGCAAGGCAACUAAAUAUGGGAAAGAAAAUGAAGACAAAGCCAUACAGCUCAUGGAGGCCCGAGGGCACACUGUAGAGCGGAGGGGCCUGGUGUUGUGUCCUGACCAUCCCUGGUUUGGAGCAAGCCCAGAUGGAAUUUUGGAUUCAGCACAGCUCCUAGAGAUCAAGUGUCCCCUAAAGAGUGCCAUGUCCCUUGCAGAGUUUAUUACUCGUCCAAAUGGUGACAUCAGACGCUUGGAAGACGGGAACUAUGUCAUUCUUCCAAAUGGGCAACAUGGAUACUACCUCCAGGUCCAGCUUACAAUGAUGUGCCUCAGGCUGGAGAGCUGCAAGCUGGUCAUCUGGGCACCAACUGAGCACCUGGAGUUUGACAUUUCAUUUGACAAAGAUUUUACAGUUGCACAAAUGAAGCAUCUUGAAAAUUUCUACUUUUCACAUAUGCUUCCAACAUUAGUCGAUGAAUUUGCUGCAAUGAAAAUUCAGCUCUGCCCAAAAUACCUCGAUCUCUUGAAAAUACACUAG